AUGACAUUGGGUCUGGACAUCAUGGAGGAUAUAGUUAUCGACGUAGUAGGGGAAGGAGUGAAGGACAGCGGAGAGGAGCAGCUCUUACCUCUGGAUGAGUCCCAGAGCGAGCAGGAGCGCAGCAAGGAGACCUCCAGCAGCCUGAGUUCGGAGCGGGACAGCUUCAGCCCCGCGCCGGCCUGUCCUCCGACGAAAAGCAAAGGACCCGCGUCCGUCAAGCCCCCGUACUCUUACAUCGCUCUGAUCACGAUGGCCAUCCUGCAGAGUCCGAAGAAGCGGCUCACCCUCAGCGAGAUCUGCGACUUCAUCAGCCACCGCUUCGCCUAUUACCGGGAGAAGUUCCCCGCCUGGCAGAACUCGAUCCGACACAAUCUGUCGCUGAAUGACUGCUUCGUAAAGAUGCCCAGAGAGCCUGGGAACCCCGGUAAGGGAAACUACUGGACCCUGGACCCCAACUCCUCGGACAUGUUUGAGAACGGGAGUUUUCUGCGGCGCAGGAAGCGCUUCAAGCGGCAGCAUUUCCGCUUUGAUCCCCUGAAGGAGCAGCACCUGGAGCCCAGCGGACUGCACGGCUUCCCGCACGGCGCCUACGGGCUCCAGCUGCCCAGCCUGGAGAUAUACCCCUACAUCCACCACCACGCACCCUCUCCCUGCGGCCCCGCCACCAUCCCACCUGUCAGUAGCAUCCUGCCCGCGCUCUCCAGCUUCUUCUCCCGCAGCGCACUCACAGCCAAGGCGUUCCUGCAGGCGCAGCCCGGCAUGGACGCCUUUUCCCCGGCUCAGUGCACUGCCUACUCUCCCCCGCUCACCUCCAGCGUGGCCUACGCGUCCCCUGCGCUCUUCCACCCCGCUGCGUCCCCGCACUUCCUCAGUUUACACCAGGAGUAUCAGAAAUUACGGACUCAGCGGGACACCGUGGAGCUUCCCAAACACAUCAGCACUGGGACCAACGAAUAG